GAGAAACGCGGACUUAGCUGGCAGGGUCGGGAGUUCGACGCCCCCGCGCCCGACUGGUUCCCGCCCUUCGGCGCCGUUGCCGCACAGACGCCUUGGCGUCCGGUGCGGCGGCAGCGGCCGACCUUGUGGGCGCUGGCGUCGGCCUCCUGCCCUGCCGCCGUCACCGGCGUGGGCUGGCAGGCGCCCCCGCACGGGUACGAGCGCGAGAAGUGGUAUUACGUGGGCAACACGCUGCCCGUCCCCCGCCUGGGCAUCCCCAGCCUGAACCUCAUGGACGCCAGCGCCGGCUUCUCGCUGAACUGGCACGAGCUGGUCGGCACCGUCACGGCCUGGCCGUCCAUGCUCUCGCUGGCGGCGACCUGGGACCGAGAGGUGGCGAGGAUUUACGCCAUGGCGCUGGGCAACGAGUUCGGCGGGAAGGGCGCAAAUGGCAUCCUCGGGCCCCAGCUCAACGUGAUCCGUCCCGCGCGCGGCGGACGAAACAUGGAGAGCUUGUCCGGCGAGGACCCGUACCUGGGCGCCAGGUUGGCUGAGAUGUACGUACAUGGGGUGCAGUCUCAAGGGGUCUUGGCCACGAUGAAGCACUGGAUAUUCAACGAGCAGGAGACCGAGCGUGAUAAGUAUAGCGUAGAGGUGGACGACACGACCGCGUGGGAGCUCUACUAUCCGCCCUUCGAGGCGGCCGUGAAUGCCGGGGUCUGCGCUACCAUGUGUUCGUACAACAAGGUGGACGGUGUCUACUCCUGCGAGAACAGCAAGCAGCUUGUCCAAGUUCUCAAGGGCACCAUGGGCUUCCGCGGCUACGUCCAGUCCGACUGGUGGGCGACGCACUCGACGAGCCUGGCCGAGGGGCUCGACCAGCAGAUGCCUGGCAACGCGAACCCCGUGGACUACUUCAGCAAGGACAGCCUCAGUAAUCAGAGCAGCUCGGACGUCGACGAGGCCGCGAAGAGGGUCCUUGCGGCCAUCUACCGUCUGAACCUGACGAGCCCCUGCAGCCAAGGGAAGUGCAAAAAGUGGUUCCACAAGAACGUCACCAGCUCGGCGCACGCUGGCCUUGCCCGUGCGGUGGCCGCAAUGUCCAUCGUUCUGCUCAAGAACGAAGACGACAUCCUCCCGCUGCAGGCGGACCGCCUCCCGCGCAAGACUGUUGCGCUGGUCGGGCGCGUGGCGGCCGCGGGGCCGUACGACCCCAGCAACUCGGCCCAGCAGGAGGGUGACUGGCACACCGGGGACUACUACACUGCCGGCGGGAGCGGCCACGUGACCGCUGGCAGGGUCACCACCCCCCUGCAGGGCAUCACGGCGCGGGCGGCGCAGAUGGGGGUGAAGGUGCUGACGCCCGCCAACUCCAGCAACAGCGCCCAGGCAGCCAUCAGCGUGGCGGAGAAGGCGGACGUCACGCUGAUCUUUGCCGGCACGACUGCCGGCGAGUCGGUGGACCGAGACGGGCUGGGCCUGGACGACGGGAUGGACGCGCUGAUAAAGGAGGUCAGCGCGCACGCGCAGAGGACGGUGGUGCUGCUGGAGAUACCCGGCUCAGUGCUGAUGCCGUGGCGCGAGGACGUUUCUGGCAUCGCGGCGAUGUUCCUGGGCGGCCAGGAGGCGGGGGCCGCCUGGGCAGACGUGCUGUUCGGCGACAGGGCGCCGGAGGGGCGGCUCCCCGUCAGCAUCCCGGCCCGGGAGGAGGACACGGUGCCCAUCACGGGAGGCACGAUCGCUUACUCGGAGGGCCUCGCGACGGGCUACCGGAAUCUGGAGGCCGUUCCCGCCUUCGCCUUCGGGCACGGGCUCACCUACACCCACUUCGACUUCCUGCCCCCAGGCCAGGUCAACUGCUCGGCACUGCCAGAGGAGGAGGAGGGGCCUCCCGCACAGGGCGGCGCCGUGGUGUGCGUCGAGGUGGAGGUGAGGAACGCGGGCUGGAGGCCCGCGAGGGCGGUGCCGCAGCUCUACCUGGAGAUGGCGCGGGCCGAGGCGAACGCGGUGGCCCCCGUCCUCCGCGGCUUCUGGAAGACGGGCCUCUUGGACCCUGGCCGCAGCGAGGUCGCGCGGUUCCGGCUGACGCAGCGGGACCUCUCGUACUACAGCGCGGAGAUCGGCGCGUGGGUGGUCGCCGCCGCCGCCGACGCGCACAUCGGCGCCUCGUCCGCCGACGUCCGGCAGACGCUCCGGCUCGAGCUGCCGCGCUCCGCCGCCGCCCAGGUGGACAGCUUCGACAGGGAGUGGUGGAACGACCUGCUGGGCGCCGCGGCGCUGCUCGGGCUCGCGGGCGGCGCGGCGUGCUGCCACGCUGCGAUGGGGAGGCCCGAGGGGCGCCCGCGCAGCAGCGUGGGCGUGGCGUGGCUGCACGGCGACAGCGACACGUGAGCGGCACCCGCGUGCUUUCCCGGGCCGACGGGUGGGGCAGGUGGCGCCUGCGCGGGUCCUCGGCCGGCUUGGGGGGCUCUGGUGGACUAGUGGACAGCCCAGGACGGCGCUGCGGUCAGGGCCCCAGGCCGGGGCUGCAGAGCUCACCUCUGCGGGCGAGUUCCAAGCGACGAGGGGGUCGAGAGGUCCAGAACCCCACGCGCUGCAAGACUCGGGGGCGUUGGAAGCCUGGGACCAGGGCUGGGGGAACUGGAUUCACAUACAGCACGCAGCUGGUACUCACCCUUGAGGCUGGCACUGCCUCGGCUCGACGCCAGCCAGUCUCAGGGAGGUGCGCAGCUUUCUGGGGGGCGCCACCCCCGAGGCUGUCAUCUGUUUCGGCCUGCCCAGGGCUCCGCGUCUAGGCGGAGCAGGGGCAGGCCCCGGCCGCGGCACACAGCCGCUGCGCUUCUGCGCGCCGCGCCGCGGGGCGCCCCCCCGCCGCGUCUGGGCCGCCGGCUGCUUGCCGGGGCCGCCCGCGCGCGCGGGUGCUGCGUUUGUGUGCGGGGUCCG